AGGACCUGCACCAGAAGGUUGACGCCAUUGCAGAGGGACAGGUAUGUGCUAUUCGGUACUCUUGCUCUUGCUGCUGUGGAGGAAUAUUACUGACGAGAGCCGAAUGCUGCCGUGCAGCGCAACCUGGAGACGCAGUUCCGCCUGCAGCAGCAGCAACUGGAGCGCCUCGUGCAGCUCGUCGAGGCGCUGGUGCCGACGAGGAGCGCGUCGAUGCAGCCGACUCCGGACAGGGCGACCCUCCCGCACUAAGUUAACGAUCGAUGUUGAAGUACAUACAAAUGCAAGCCAAUGUCGUUCUGUCGCGUCACAUACGGUGAACUUAGUCGAGGAUAAACUGUUCUAAUUUCCCCGCGCAAAGCGAUAAAACCUGUCAAAAUCGGUCUGGAACACAGUGGAAGCCAUCGAACCGUUUUUAAACAGCCUUUCAUUGGUCAAAAUCCAGCGGCCCUGUGCUGCACUUCAUUCCAGGAGAUCCUCGACCGCCAGCACCCCCAAGGUCUGACGCUGCCGCUCAGUUCUAUCUCCCCACCACACACCCAGCCUUCUAACAUGCUGCUCGCGCGCCUGCGCUCCCCGACGGCCGUGACCCGCAGCCUCCAGACGCGCGCGUUCUCCAACAUGCUCGGCGCCGCCACGCAGAAGACCGAGAAGGCCGCGGCCGAAGCCGCCGAGGCCGCGCCGCCCGCGCCGCGCGGCGACAUCGUGCUCGACGGCUUCGCCAAGCGCCAGUUCGACGACAAGACGUACUCGGGCACGAAGCUCGACUUCGACAAGCAGGAGUUCGUGCGCAAGAUCAACGAGAUCUACGAGGCCAACGGCAAGCAGCUCGUGGACGGCUACGCGCCGUUCUGCAAGCACUUGUUCGUCAAGAACUUCACGGGCGCGCGCCUCAACAUGGUGGCCAUCACGCAGGCCAACGCCCACAUGCUCAUGUCGGACUACGAGGCCCGCACGGAAUACGAGCUGCCUGUGCUGAGCCGCUGGUUCCCGAGCCACAGCGUGACGCCCAAGGUGGCCGAGUACCUGGACAUCAUCCUGUACAGCCGCGAGCAGAUUAUCAAGGAGAACGAGGCCGUGGACGUCCCGGCGGACCCGACCCACGACGACUCCCCGUGGGGAAUCAUCUCCAUCAAGGCGCAGGACGUCGACCACGAGCUGCCCAUGAAGCCGAUCACCAUGAUGCGUAACGCUGUGGGCAAGGAGCAGGGCGGCUCGGGCGUGCCUAUCGACCGCGACGAGUACAUGAAGGCGGUCGAGUACUGGCGGAAUCACGCGGUGAUCAAGAAAAUGUAAGCAAGCGCUUCUGCAUCCAGACGAAGCGGACGCCUCAGCAGCUUGAAGCCGAGCGCGCUGACGUUCGCGCCAUGUUCUUCAGAAAUCCGAAGCGGCCUCCUCUCUGCUCUUUUUGCAUUGCGAACUGAAUAAAAAGCAGGCUUCACGUGCCUAUAUAUC